AUGCUUGCCCUGUCAGGCAAACAGGGUGGGGAUGGGGAGAAGGAGUGUGUGGAACAGCAGGGUACAAUGAAAGGGAGGGAGGAAGGACGGGAGGGAGAAAGAGAGGGAGAAAAAGGGGGAGAUAGAGGGGGAGAUAGAGGGGGAGAUAGAGGGGAGAAUGGACUGCAGGAAGGGGGAUGUCAUGCAUCGGCUUUAAGUUAUCCUUCUGCUGUUCCCACCGUUGCUGCAGGUCCAAACAGCACACCACCCCUGGCAUCGUCCAAAUGUGCUGUUUCAGCUGAAGUGGGGGGAACAAGCAGGGUAGGGCCAUGCACAGCGCUUGGGAGUGAAGCAGGCACGGGAAGCACUAGGGAGGGGUUAUGUGCAGCGGGUGGGGGAGAGGUGACUGGGACAGGGGAAGGUGUGGUGGUAGGCAGCUGUGGGGUUGCAACUGGGGCUGUGCGCGAGUGUGGUGCUAUGCCGGGUGUGGUAGGGAGCGGUGCUCUUGGUGCGGCGUUUUGGAUCGGCAGCAGUGGUCCUGGCAUGAGCAACGGCACGUGGGGCGAGUGGAUGGGGCCUGCUAGCGAAGCGAAGAAGGUCCAAGAUACAAACAGGAAUCUGCACUUCAAAGUCGCAAACAGGCUGCUAUCCAUUCCCAACAAGACGGAAAUUCAGGACGCCACAGGAGCACCCGUGUGCAUGCUAGUAGGCAAGGUGUUAACUCUGCACAACACCACCUACCUCUGCCCGGGGAGCAGCACAGAAACCGACGGUCACUUGCUUAGAGCCAGGAGGCCUUACAUCACCUUGCAACCCGUUAUUGAGGUGUUUUUACGGGGCAAUGUAACAAAAACCCGGACAUUUACCUUACUGGCUCCAUUCUCCAGCAUAACUUCAAGAUCAUCACCUGCAACGGCAUGCUAUAGGCCGAAGUGA